AUAUCGGCCCAGCUGGUGGAACUCUUCAAUUGUGGAGACUCAAAACAGAAAUCCAAGAUGGCGCGCUCCAUGCACGAAAAUGCCGAAUGGAAAUAUAGGGGUGAAGGAAACUGUAGCCUUGUUGUCGCAGAUCCUGAGACCCACCAGGUGUACCGGUUGGUGAAAACCUAUUUCACACAAGCCAUGGAAACUCUCUACCCUUUGGACUCCUCAGAGCCUUGCUGUGAUCACAUCGUGAUGGAGAUGAGGAAGAUUGUCGACUAUGUUACCAACGUAAUGCAGCCUCUGUUGUCUCCGAAGUUUGUCACACCGCCUGUAGUUGCCGAAAUCUCAGAAGGCUUUGCUGAGGAGGCAGAGAAAACCAAUCAAGAUAUGAGACCAGCCAGUCGUAGGAAGAAAUCGGUUGACCUUGUGGAUGUCAGGUCAAGGUCAGCCCUGGUUAUGCCAGACUUCUGUUUUGUGUCCAAUAGAGACAGCAUUCCUGUGGAACUGGAGGAGUCACAGCCGACUAUAAGCAUAGAGAUCAAGCCCAAGAAGGCUUUCAUACCAAGUCCUGUUGCUAUAGAUCGCACCUCCAUCAAGCACCAAGUCUGCAAGUUUUGCAUGCACCAGCGUUUGAAGACUCAGCUGGAGGGACAAAGAUGGGGGCCACAGGACUCAAUCACGCUUGUCUGAAUCUUUUGAUGCAGACUCCUCCAAAUGACUUUGGGCUGCUUUCAACUCCCGUGGGUACAAUACCAAAAGCCCUAUUGUUCCUUAUUGGGGAUUUGGUGAAUUGAAGAGGCUUGCGACAGCUGAAAAUCCCCUCUAGUGCUUCGUUAAUUAACUCACUGUCAGUGUCACAUGCUGGGGACAAAUAUUUUUGAAGACCAUGGAGAGAAUUGCAGAGAUCAUGCUGUUGUUUAUGAUGGAAGAUUUCUUGCCGAGCUCAGCAUCAAAAUCACAGAUUUUCCAAAAAUAGAAAUGUUUCGUGUGUCAUUGUUUGAUGCGAGACAUUCCUUUCCGUGAUGCAGACUUUAGUGAAAGGUGAAGUGUGUCUGCUUUGCUUGUUUGUAAUUUGUUGGGAUGAAUAGUUGUGAUUGAAUUAAUGUUUCAUGCUGGUGUUAAGUGCACUUGAAAGGGUCUGGAAAGGUCGUGGCAUGAUUCCUAUUAUGAGCUGUCAUCCGAAUUUAAACAACCUGAUCUUCUUUAAUAAAGGUACUGAAAUUAUGAAUUGAAGCUGAUUGCAUUGAAAGAUAGCAAGCUUGCUUUGACUGACAGAUGUCUAUGUGAAAUAUGGAGGAACUCAAGGGUUAAUGUGCUAGCUUGUCGUCACAGGUUCAAUCCCGGGUUCACAGUUGAGGUAAGUCAGUUCUCGGUGAACACUUCAUCGAUGGGGUUGUAAUCAUGCUUGAAGCUACAUAAAACCAUACCAAAUGUAAUAAACAGGCAUGAAAGUCAAUAGUCCCUUAAUAAACCUUAUAUUAAUAUAAUACAUUCAGGGGUGACUUGAUCCAAUUACUGCAGUUGCCUCUCACUCGGGACCUCCCUCAGUUCCUAACAGUGCAUAGUUUAUACCCGUAAGUCAGUGUGUGAUACCAAAUGCAGAACCUCACAGGCUGCCAUAUUAAAUUUACACGACAAAGAGAUUUUGUUGAGCAAGGAUAAGAAAGAAGAAAUAUGUACUUGACUUGAAGUCAUAGAAAAUUGAACUUUGUGAUCAUCAUGGAAAACAAAUGACAUUAGAACGUUUUCAAGAGUCAUUCCUAAAAAACAUAAAAAUUAUUACAAUGUCUUUAGGAUAAUAAGUUUGAUGUUGCAAUACCUGUCUACCCU